AUGAAAUUCUUUUGGCAUCUAAAAAAACUACUUGUACAAACUGCUGAACCUGUACAACCUGCAGAACCUGUGCAACCACCCCAACCUGCUCAACCUAAAGAAUACCCUAUUGCCUUAAUAAUUGGAGAAGCUGGGGUUGGUAAAACAAAAUUCUAUAAUAAAAUAAAUGAUACGGAAGCCUUGUAAUAUGAAAUUGUAGAUACAAUCUCAUUUGAUUUUAAGAAUGAUAUUGAAUACAGGGAGUAGCAAAUAUCAGAAUUUUAAAGUAUAUUUGAUAGCAAACCAAAUAAAGUGGCUACAUUAUUCUUUGUUGUAAAGUUUGAAAGAACUGAUUUAAUGAAAAGGUCUAUACUGAAUAUUUAUCCCUACUUUAAGAAGUUUUAGAGUUAAAUAACCCUUGUGGUUACUCAUUUUGAUUUAAGUGAUGACUAGGAAUAAGAUAAAAUCGAUUUAUAAAGAGCAUUCAAAAUGUUUAAAGCAAAGUCAAUUCUAUUUGUUGAUCAAGAGGCAACUAAAGAAGAAUUAAUUGAUCAAAUAAGGGCUUCAGAUUGUUUAAUUCCUAUUGAAGAAGGCUAUUAAUUUGAUUUAACUGAUACGAUAUUUGAAAAGCAUAAUGAGUAAGAAGGAUAGGAAAUGAUGAAUGCUUUAUAACAGAUGACUGUAAGAUCGUGA